CUGCCCUCGCUGACCGGGAACGGUGGUGGAGCAGAGCUUGGGCUCGCGCGGCGUUUCAUUCAUGGAUUGGGAUCUCAAGAUGUCGGUGUCCUGGGAUCUGCCCGACGACGCCGCCGUGCCACAGCCGCCGCCCUUCACCGCCACAGCAGCCGCGGCUUCCCCCGCGGCGGCGUCGGGCAUUGCCGCCGCAGCAGCUGCUGCGACUCCCCACGCGGCGGCCACGCGCGGGGCGCCGAGCCGGGCGGAGUGCUCCGUCGACCUCAAGCUCGGCGGGCUCGGGCGAGUUCGGGGCGGUGGCCGACGGGACGAAGGAGCCUGCGGCGGCUGCAACUGCAACGGCUGCGCCAUCCGCGCCGUCCGCGAGCCCGAUGAAGCGCCCGCGCUCGGGCCCUGGUGGCGCCGCCGGGGCGCAGUGCCCGUCGUGCGCGGUGGACGGCUGCGUCUGGGUCGUCUCCAGGAUGCACGUCUAAGUCGACUAGUACCCGAUCUGGGGGAGAGGUGCUGGACAUCGACACCUGGGUGGGCUCGUCGGGGAAGAACGGCAUGCGGCGGGACUGGCUCAUCCGCGGCUGCAACUCCGGCGACGUCUUCGAAUGGCCGCAACAAGGCAAGCCCGGGCCCUCGCGAUCGAAUGAUCGCUUGUUCAGCAAUGAACGUAGGCAUCGCCGGCCAGUGCUGUGCAACUGUUUGCUUCGCUGAAAUUAGGCUUAGAGCAAAAUCCACCGCCGGUCCUUGAACUUGGCUGGCGGUGUCAUCUAGGUCCCUAAACUUCUAAAGUGAUAUUUGUGAGUCUGUAAACUUGACAGACUGUGUCAUUUAGAUCCUUGAACUUUCAAGGUAAUCACCACAUGUCCCUAAACUUGGCCGGUGGUGUCAUUCCAGUCCCUGAACUUUCAAGGUGAUGACUGCAGGUCCCUAAACUUGGCAAGCGGUAUCAUCCUUAUCCAAAUAUGGUCUAACCUACUCUAUAAGUUGUUAUG